GUCCACUCGCUGGCACCUCCUGAGGGAGAGGAUGCGGGAGCGGCACCACCUCAGAUGAGCUCGAUGCGGCCAACGACGACCGGAUCUGAGAAUAUCGGCGGGAAGAUGCCGACGAAACUGGUUGCCGAUGCACGACGGAGGCACGCCGUUGUCUCCUGCGUCGCAGUUGGCGGCGGGCGGCGGUUACACGGCCGUCAUCUCCUGCGUCGCGGUUGGCGGCGGGCGGCGGAUACACGACCUUCAUCUCCUGCAUCGCGAUUGGCAGCAGCUGGUGGCGGAGUCACGGCGGAGGCACGGCUGAGGCUGGAGGCCGUGCGUGUCCACUCGUUGGCACCUUCUGAGGAAGAUAAUGCGGGAGCGGCACCAUCUCAAAUGAGCUCGAUGCGGCCAACGGCGACCGGCUCUGAGAAUAUCGGCGGAAAGAUGCCGACAAGACUAGUUGUCGAUGCACGACGAAGGCACUCCGUCGUCUCCUGCGUCGCGGUUGGCGGCGGGCAGCGGUUACACGGCCGUCAUCUCUUGCGUCGCGGUUGGCGGCGGGCGACGGAUACACGAUCCUCAUCUCCUGCGUCGCCAUUGGCGUCUGAUGGCAGAGUCACGGCGAAGGCACGACGGAGGAAGGCGGAGGCUGGAGGCCGUGCGUGUGUUGAGGAAGAGGAGAUCGGAGGGAAGAUUGUUCCGAUUGUGUGGGCUGAAUUCGCAGAAACGGAGGUGUAG